UCAUUUCCUACGGAGGCGUAGGCAAGUUGACCUGACUGUCGUGAGCUAGUGUUUGAAGUUAGUAUUGCUGCUGUUCAGCGUUGAAGGCUGUUUUGGAAAGGCGACAGUGUCGCGGGUUCUGCCAGUGACUGGCUUUUUUGCAAACCAGUUGUACGAAUUUCUUGUCGUUGCCCCCGCCCCCACGCUGUGCGGGUACGGCGGCCCAGGAGGCUCGUGUACGGCGGAAGUACCGGGCGAGUGGGUGUGGGCCGCGGGGCGGACGGUGCACGUGGCGCGGGUAGAGUAAGCAUGUCUUUUCGAGGCGGAGGUCGGGGGGGCUUUAAUCGAGGUGGCGGCUUCAAUCGCGGCGGCAGCAACAACCACUUUCGAGGUGGAGGCGGUAAUUUCAGAGGCGGCGGUGGCGGUAAUUUCAGAGGCGGCGGUGGCGGCAGAGGAGGAUUUGGACGAGGAGGUGGCCGCGGAGGCUUUAACAAAGGCCAGGACCAAGGACCUCCGGAACAUGUAGUUUUAUUAGGAGAGUUCCUGCAUCCCUGUGAAGAUGACAUAGUUUGUAAAUGUACUACAGACGAAAAUAAGGUGCCUUAUUUCAAUGCUCCAGUUUAUUUAGAGAACAAAGAACAAAUUGGUAAAGUGGAUGAAAUAUUUGGACAACUUAGAGAUUUUUAUUUUUCUGUUAAAUUGUCAGAAAAUAUGAAGGCAUCUUCCUUUAAAAAACUGCAGAAGUUUUAUAUAGACCCAUAUAAACUGCUACCACUGCAGAGGUUUUUACCUCGACCUCCAGGUGAGAAGGGACCUCCAAGAGGUGGUGGCAGGGGAGGUCGAGGAGGCGGCAGAGGCGGCAGAGGUGGCAGAGGUGGUGGUUUCAGAGGUGGAAGAGGAGGUGGAGGCUUCAGAGGAGGAAGGGGUGGUGGUGGUUUCAGAGGAAGAGGACAUUAAGUGUAACAGCUGACAGAGAACUUCCUACAUGAUCUACUUCUAUGGAUCAGAAACUUGUUUCUUGAGCACGUCUCGAAGAACUCGUCAUUUUCUGAUAGUGGAACUAAGAUGUUAAUGCCGUGCAAAAACGAGUGCACCAGAAUAGGUGAUUUUGCUCUAAAAGAGUAUGAACAAAUGUUUUAAUGUUUUGUAAAAUGUUUGGAACUCUGUGGGUGCUUAAUAAAUGGGCAGUUUUCAUUUGGAGCAUACUUGGAAUUUUUAAAAUAAAGUUUUAUUUCUUCAAGUUA